AUGCUGCCCGGCGUGGGGGUGUUCGGCACCGGCGGCACCGCCCGGCUCCUGGUGCCCCUGCUGCGGGCCGAGGGCUUCUCCGUCGAGGCCCUGUGGGGCAAGACUGAGGAGGAGGCCAAGCAGCUGGCGGAGGAGCUGGACAUCGCCUUCCACACCAGCCGCACCGACGACCUGCUGCUGCGCCAGGAGGUGGACUUGGUCUGCAUCAGCAUCCCGCCGCCCCUCACCCGCCAGAUCGCCAUGAAGGCCCUAGGCAUCGGCAAGAACGUGGUGUGCGAGAAGGCCGCCAGCUCCGCCGACGCGCUGCGCAUGGUGCGCGCCGCCCGCUACUACCCGCAGCUGAUGAGCAUCGUGGGCAACGCCCUGCGCUUCCUGCCGGCCUUCGUCCGCAUGCGGCAGCUGAUCGCCGCCGGCUACGUGGGCGCCGUGCUGGUGUGCGACGCCCGCGUCUGCGGCGCCAGCCUGCUCAGCGCCACCUACAGCUGGCUCUGCGACGAGCUGAUGGGCGGCGGCGGCCUGCACACCGUCGGCACCUACAUCAUCGACCUCCUCACCCACCUGGUGGGCCGGCGAGCCGAGAAGGUGCACGGCCUGCUCAAGACCUUCGUCAAGCAGACGGCGGCCAUCGGCGGCAUCCGCCACGUCACCAGCGACGACUUCUGCUUCUUCCAGAUGCUGAUGGGGGAGGGGGUGUGCUGCACCGUCACCCUCAACUUCAACAUGCCCGGCUCCUUCCUCCACGAGGUGAUGGUGGUGGGCUCGGCCGGCCGCCUGGUGGCCCGCGGCACCGACCUCUACGGCCAGCAGAACUCCGCCCCGCGGGAGGAGCUGCUCUUCGCCGACCCCCUGCCCGUCCAGCAGGGGCUGCCGGAGGAGGGCUUCCGGGAGGUGCCGCUGCUGUACCUCAAGGGCAUGGCGUACAUGGUGCAAGCCCUGCGGCGCUCCUUCCAGGAGCAGGGCGACCGCCGCGCCUGGGACCGCAAGCCGGUCUCCAUGGCGGCCUCCUUCGAGGACGGCCUCUACAUGCAGAGCGUGGUGGAGGCCAUCAAGAAGUCCAGCAGGUCGGGGGAGUGGGAGGCCGUGCAGGUGAUGACGGAGGAGCCAGACCCCAACCAGAACCUCUGCGAGGCCCUGCAGAGGAACAACUUCUGAGCCUCCCCGCUGUGGCUCCAGCCCAGGGCACCG